AUGCCGACUCCAAUCGUGGACUCUCACAUUCACCUCUUUCCAGCCUCUCAUUUACCGACACUAGCCUGGUACAGCCCCGACAGUCCCCUCGGGUCACAGCACAGCGUCGACGAGUACCGGCACGCGUCAUCUUCCAUUUCUACUCAAAGCGACACUCUCGAAUCAAAGUACCUACGUGGAUUCAUCUUCCUUGAGACCGAUCGCAUUUCAUCCGUGGCAGAUGAUCAGCCAGAUAGCCCUGGGUGGACGCAUGCCCUCGACGAGGUGUCCCUCUUAACACGCAUUGCGCUGGGGGAACCGGUGGCUGGAGAAGGUCAUGACGCAACCCAAAAGGAUCUCUGUCUGGGAAUUGUCCCCUGGGCACCCGUUCCUGGUGGUCCGGAGGCCUUGAGCUCAUAUAUGACCCAGGUUAAGGAGCGGACGAAAACGGAGCAGGUCUGGCGCAAGGUGCGAGGAGUGAGAUACUUGGUCCAGGAUAAGCCAGCUGGGGUGAUGAUCCAGCCGCAAUUUGUGGAAGGAUUGCGCUGGCUAGGCCAGCAGGGCCUGGCAUUUGAUCUCGGGGUAGAUGCUAGACAAGGCGGAUUGCAUCAACUACGAGAGGCAGUGGAGAUGAUUGAUAAGUUGGGAGAUGCCAAUGCGGUAACAAUCAUUAUAAGUGAGUUGCAAUCUCGAUAUUUGUCGAGCUACGAAUCUAAUUUAUGGGUUAUAGAUCAUCUUUGCAAGCCUAACCUACGACUUUCGCCCGACUCGGUCUCUUCUCAUCCAGAGUUCCUGGAAUGGAAAGAAUUGAUUACGAAAAUGGCCCAGGCGAGCCCAAUGACCUAUAUGAAGCUCUCGGGCGCAUUUUCAGAGCUUCCCCCAUUGGAUUCUAAUGUCGAACCUGAUAUUUCCAAUCUUGUUGAUCGCCUGCAGCCUUGGACCGAUGUGGUAUUCGACGCAUUCGGAGCCGAACGGGUAAUGUUCGGCUCGGAUUGGCCUGUGUGCAAUAUUGGGGGCGGAGGCAAUAAUGUUUCGUGGAAUCGGUGGAUAAAGAUAGUGGAAGGAGUUUUGGAGAAACGAGGAUUAACCGAGGAGCAGAAGCAGGGUGUUUGGGGCCAAGUCGCGGUGAAGGCGUAUGGCGUUAGCAUCUAA